AUGGCGAUUCCAAACGAGGCGCUCCAGAAGCUUGUCCAAGAAAUUGAAGCCCAGGCCAUUGCCUCGCAGCAGCAAAUCGGUCUUGUUAAAUCACAAAUCACGGCGAAACAGCGAGAUAUGCGCCUCUCAGAGCUGACGUCGAACGAGCUUGGCCAAGUCCCCCCGAACACAAACGUCUACGAAGGCGUUGGUAAAAUGUGCAUCAAAUUUUCUACUGUAGUAUUAUCGAAGAGGGCUAACAUAGUGUUACGCAGGUUUGUCACAACACCUAUAGGCGACGUGAAAAAACGGUUAUCGGAUGAACAGAAAGGGCUGAAAACGGAUUUAGCAAAUCUAGAAAAAAGAUUACACUAUCUGGAGACAACGUUUAAGAACAGCCGGGCACAGAUGGAGCAGAUCUUCCGAAGUGGUGGCAGAUCAUGA